GGAGGCGUGGCCGUGGAGGGGCGGGGCUUUGGAUUGCGCGUCACGUUAUCAGGAAGAAACGUUCACAGAAAAGAAGCGGGAUUCACCAGUGCAUUAUGCCUGAUGAGAUGGCGCGGCCUUUAAUCCGAGGCAGAGGUGAAGGAGGAGGCUCCCGGCACCUUGAGGCCUCCACGUCUGAACACGGCGCCCCAGUUGUCGGCAUUCUUGGCACGGGCGACUUCUCCCGCUCACUGGCCAGUAGGCUGGUGGCCUCUGGCUACCACGUGGUGGUGGGGAGUCGCAACCCCAAGCGCUCUGCGGCUCUGUUCCCCGAAGAGGCCGAGGUGACGUCCCAGAUGGAGGCAGCCAGCCAGGCAGACCUGGUGUUUGUCGCGGUGUUCCCUGAGCACCACUCCACGCUGGUGGAACUGAAGCCCACGCUAGCCGGAAAGACACUGGUGGAUGUCAGCAAUGGUUUAAGAAUCAACCGGGACGGGCCUUCGAACGCCGAGCAGCUGGCUGAGCUGUUCCCGGAGAGUUCUGUAGUCAAGGGGUUCAACACCAUAUCGGCCUGGACGCUCCAGAUGGGACCUCGGGAUGGAAGCAGGCAGAUCUUCCUGUGCAGCAACAAUAGCAAGGCCAAGAGCUCGGUGAUGCAGCUCUGUCGCAGAAUGGGCUUCGUCCCCGUCGAUAUGGGCCUCCUCUCCUCCUCCCUGGAGAUUGAAAACCUCCCCCUCUAUCUCUUCCCCUCCUGGCGCGUCCCCGUCUUCUGCACCCUGUCCCUGUUUGCCUUCUUCUACGUGUACAACUUCCUCCGCGACGUCCUGCAGCCCUACGUCACGGCGGGUAAGAGCGUCUUCUACAAAAUGCCCAUCAACACCGUCAACGUCACCCUCCCCGCCGUGGCCCUGGUGAUGCUGUCGCUGGUCUACCUGCCCGGGUUGUGUGCCGCUCUCCUCCAGCUGUGGUGGGGCACCAAGUACAACCGCUUCCCCAGUUGGCUGGACCGGUGGCUGAACAGCAGGAAGCAGCUGGGGCUGUGCAGCUUCUGGUGCGCGGCGCUGCAUGCCAUCUACAGCCUGUGUCUCCCUAUGAGGAAGUCCGCCCGCUUCAAGCUGCUUAUCGCUGCUCAACAGGUGAAGGGGGGCGACGACGUCUGGGUGGACGCGGAGGUGUGGAGGAUGGAGCUGUACCUGUCAGCGGGCAUCAUGGCCCUCGGACUGCUCUCCUUGCUGGCUAUCACCUCGCUGCCCUCGGUGGCCAACACCGUCAACUGGAGGGAGUUCAGCUUCAUACAGGUACACACACACACACACACACACACACAAGCAGUGAUAGUUCUAGUUACAUAAAGAAGUGUAGAAUCUAAUAUCUCCCCCCUCCCCCGAGUGCCCCUUUUCCUAUAAAUAUAUACCGCCACAAGGCUGGGUUUCUAUUCUUCUUGGACGCAGCAGGGUAAAAGUCAGAUGGGAUUAAUACAGACUGACGGCCAAAGACUGCCAGCUGUGACACUUGACACAUAAACAUACAGGCUCGGGCAUCACGCUGAUGCGGCGACAGAUGAACACCACGUCUCCUACAUGCAAACACUGCGUCUGCACUCCUGCAGCUGCCCCAGAUUUGCCGUUAAACUUGGACUGUGACAAAGCCAUCAGGAGUGUCGUGACUCACGCACUUCCUCCUCCUCCGCUGCUCCCUAACCCCCCCCCCCCCUCAUAGCCUCCGUUCCUCCAGCGCUCGGGGCCCUUCGGUGGUCUCCUUUUCAUCUUUCAGUUCGGCUAAUCCGGCGGCCGUCAGAUUAGCCGUGUGCCCGACAGCCGGCGCGUUGAGAAGCAACCCUCUCUGCAUCUAGAUGUGCCGCCCGCAGCAGCAGGACAGUGUGUUCAUGGGUGUUAUCUGUCGUGCCCAUGUGCGUGUUUGUGUCGUGUGUUCGAGC